AUGAAUCCUGAAAAUUUUAUCAACAUGGAUAAUAAUAAUAUGGACAAAAAUAAAUAUGCACAAUUUAUUCAAAGAAGACUUCAAAGUUUACAAUCCAGGAAUCAUGAUUGGAAAAUGUCGUACAGCUUCGUUAAAACUGCUCAAAAAAAUAUAGUUCUACAACAUAAAUCAAAUAUUUUACUCUAUUCUUAUAAAAGUAAAUUAAAAGAUGCUUGUCCAGUUCAAAUACAAGCAUUAAAACAACACAUUCAAAAGGACUUGGAGCCUAAAUACGAUGAACCAAAGUCUAUCGACAUUGAUUUUGAUGAAGAAGAAAAAGAAGAAGAUCUAGACGUUCAUCCCAGCGAAUUAACAGUAGAAUUACCAAAAUUAAAAACAUGGGAUAUGUACAAACAAUUGGUAGAAGAAUCAUCACGAUUAAGACCAAAAAUAAAAUGUAUUCCUGAACAACCAGUAAUAGAUGUCUCAAAAUUAUCAAAAUUUUAUUUCAAAUACCAGUAUAUUCAUCAAAUAUUUACU